AUGUCCGCGCUGUCCUCCACGUCAUGGCCGAACCAAAACAACAACUCCGCCGCAGUACAUAUCCCCGAUAGCGAUAGCGCCAAUGCCAUAAACCAACAAGCAGCCAAUAACACAGAUGGACCCGACGCGAUUCGAGAAGGGAAACAAAAGGCCAAGGAAACAAUGGCCGCUGGACUUAACGCGACCGAGUCUCCUGGAUCAAUACCCGCGCAAUCAGCAACACUCCCCAAUGGCGUUGCGCAAACCAAUGGCGCGCCGCAAUUGAGUCGCAAGCGAUCACGAGAUGGCACGCAGCUGCCCAUGAGCCACGCCGGCGCGAAUAGCGACAGCGCGAAUGAACCUCAGCUCAACCACCAUGAGGUCUUGCUGGAUCGCUAUGUCCAGCGCGAUCUGAUCCAUGCCGCCGCGAUGAACGACCAGGCGCAAAGGUCACGCGACCUGGUCAAGUACAAGGAGAUGGAGAAGGAUUUCUACACUCAAGAGGUUGCGCAGGUCAGGAAACAGCAUCCGGGAUCAAUAUACGGCUAUGGCUUUGCGGGUUAUGGUAAUGGCACAACCAACAGUCGGCCUCAGAUCGUAUACAGCAGUACUCGCGGACCCCCAAAACACAGAAAGUCGAGGCCAAUCCACUUUACGCGGAAAGACACCCAGCAGCAGGCGGAACAGCACGAAGAGCUCGUGCCUAUACGAUUGGACAUUGAACUGGACAAGUUGCGACUGCGCGACACCUUUACGUGGAAUCUUCACGAAAAGCUUAUACCGCAAGACCUCUUUGCAGACUAUCUUCUCGAAGACCUGAAACUGCCGCAGGAGUCCGUAUUGGAGCUCAAGCGCCAGGUGAACACCGAAAUGCAGGACCAGAUCAACAAUUACUAUCCGCAUAUGAUUGUAGAAGACGGGCCAUUGGAAUCUGGGAAGCCAUACCACGAUCACAAGGAUGAUGAAAUGCGGGUACAGAUCAAGCUGAACAUCACGAUUGGGCGCAUCACGCUCAUCGAUCAAUUCGAAUGGGACAUCAACAACCCUUUGAACUCGCCGGAAGAGUUUGCGCGACAAAUGGCGUGGGAGAACGCGCUUAGUGGAGAGUUCACCACAGCAAUCGCGCACACGAUACGCGAACAGAGCCAGCUCUACACGAAGGGCCUAUAUCUUACAAACCACGCUUUCGAUGGACGGCCCGUGGAGGAUCCUGAACUGAGGGACAGCUUCCUCCCGGGACCUAUACACAGUGCGUUCAGACCAAUGCAGGCGCAGAAGGAUUAUACUCCGUAUAUGUACGAAAUGAGUGAAGCCGAGCUUGAACGGACAGAAACCUCGAUGAUGCGUGAGCACAGAGCGCAGAAACGACAGCUGAACAGGCGUGGUGGGCCAGCGCUACCGGACCUGAAAGACAGGCAACGUACCGUGCGAUCGCUGAUCGUACACACUGUAAUACCGGGUGCUGUAGAGACUUUCGAGACUACCGGCAUACCCAAAACACGACGCGGCGGUAGAGGAGGCAGACGUGGCGCAAGAAACGACGGCGACAUCGACUCGGAAGAUCUCGAUAGUGAAGAGUCUGGAGCAGAGUCGCCUGCACCUUCGGCCAUUGUUGCCAGUGGCACAACACGAACGCGUAAUAUGCGUGGGGCUGCAGCUGCUGCUCAAGCCAACAUGCGUGCUGGCUAUGGCCGAUCAGCGACUCCAGACUCACAGCUGUUAGCAGCUCCCACGACAGAACCGAGGGCAUCGACACGGAAGAGCAUGCUUCGUGAAGAGAGUGUACUCCAGGACGAGGAUGACAAGAUGAUCGUUAAGCUGAGGCUGCCCCGAGCCAAAUUCAAAUCAUGGAUCGCGGACUACGAAGCAAAGAAGCGCGCUGCUGCGUACCCACUUUCUGGAUACGCAUCACAGCCAGCGCCGACAAACACCGCCCUUCGGGUCGCCACUCCAACAAGAGGUGCAACUAGCACACCCACGAUGACACCUCGAUCAUUACCGCAAGCCCGUGGAACGCCUCAACCUAAUGGAGCACAUUCUCGAGCACCCUCGUCCGCACGGCAACCUCAGGCCAGCUAUGACUCCCGCGGCGCAGUCGAAAUUGACCGCUGGCCUGGUCCUGACGCCACAGCACCCGAACCACCGCCCUGGCUCAACACUGCCAUGAACGAACUCCGCGGCCGUCACCCACAAGCCAACUUCAAACCCUUCAUGCGCUGCUACGGCGUCGACAUCGAAUCGGGCAAGGUCCUCCCGAAAGAACAAACCGAACUCCAGCCCGGUGACAAAGCCCCUCCAGGCCAGAAACUUCAAUACCUCCCCCGUAUCAGGUGUACAGACUGCCAGGGGAAAAUAUAUACAGCGCAGCCGGAGAGCGUGGUAACGGACUUUGAGGUGCAUUUGAAGAACAAGAAGCAUCUGGAGAAGGUUGAGGAGAGGCUGGAGAAGGAGGGUGGCAGCAAAGGGGGUGGGAGGAAGAGGUGA